AUAAGGGUGGAAAACGAUAAUGUGAGUUGCAAUGGCACGCUGGAUGGUAGCAGCGUCAUGGAGUUUGAAGACAACGCCACUGUCACCGAGCUUCUCCACCUUCAAGUUCAAAUGUUGCGCGACACGCCUACAGCCACAGUGUUCUUCAGUGCACAACGACGACCUCCAAGCUCUCUUACAGAUUCUCCCAUCCGAUUUGCAUCACAAUCUCCUCAACCAACCUAACCGCACUCAUCUUUUGGAGGUUAUAUUGGAUUUAGGCCGUUUUCCCGAAGCACGCUAUCUAGGAAAACACGGAAACCACUAUUUAAGGAAUUCUGAGGUAACAGUGAAAGAGUUGGAAUAUGCUCAUGGAGCUGUUGGAGAGUUUGGGAAUGAUAAUAGAGCUGGUAUUGAGGGUACUUUGCAUAGAAUAUCUGCUAUUAGGAGUAGAAAUGGUUGUAUUGUUGGGUUGACGUGUCGAAUUGGGAGGGCGGUUACUGGCCAUAUUGAUAUGGUUUAUGAUCUGCUUCAAUAUGGCAAGAGCAUUUUAUUUGUGGGAAGGCCUGGAGUUGGUAAGACUACUGUUAUGAGAGAGAUUGCUCGUGUAAUGUCAGAUGAAUUUCACAAAAGAGUGGUGAUUGUUGAUACCAGUAAUGAAAUUGGAGGCGAUGGCAAUAUUCCUCAUGCAGCAAUAGGUGGUGCACGAAGAAUGCAGGUACCCAUGCCAUCAAUGCAACAUAGUGUGAUGAUUGAGGCAGUAGAAAAUCACAUGCCUGAGGUGGUUAUAGUUGACGAGAUUGGCACGGAAGCUGAAGCUCAUGCUUGCCGGUCAAUUGCUGAACGAGGCAUCAUGCUUAUAGGAACUGCUCAUGGUCAGCAGAUUGAGAAUGUCAUGAAGAAUCCUACACUCUCUGACCUGAUUGGCGGAAUUGAAAGCGUUACUCUGGGAGAUGCAGAAGCUAGAGCAAGAAAAUCUCAGAAGACAAUUCUUGAGAGGAAAGGUCCUCCAACAUUUGAUUUCUUGAUUGAGAUGAGAGACAGACACUACUGGCUUACACAUCAAACCGACAAAAGCGUAGAUAUGUUGCUUCGAGGCCAGAGUCCACAAGUUGAGGUACGCAAAAGAGAUGAAAAAUGCAAGGUUGUGAUCGAAAAAUCUAAAGCAUAUGAUAAAUGCCAAAUUUGAAACUUUUUCCUUUUCCGAUAAUAUAAUUCAUUCAUUUUACAAAAACAAAUCAAAAUUUAAAUUUAUAAACCUGUUUAUCAUUUUGUAAAUUGUGUUUUGUUGACAUUACUAUUGAUUUGUGUGUAUAUUUUCCACUCUAUAUUCAUGCUAUAAACACUUUAAAAAAUGAUGACAUCUAAUUAGAGCAUAGCAUUGCCAUGAAAACACCUAAUUUUGUUGGGACCAAAUCUUGUCCUCAACUGCAUAUCAUGAAACUGUCCCUUAGCAUUAUCUCUCUUAGUUCUGAUUCUGAGGCUAUUAGCUUUUCUUGAUUGAUUGAGAGGAUUAUGAAAUUAGUGUAGUUUGGUAGUGUAUUGCCUACAUUAACCUAUUUUAUUCUCUUGAUGCAUAGCAUUGUUGUAGCUUUUUAUGUAAUAUGUAGUGGUUUGUUCGGAUGUUCUAGCAUUGGUUUGCACAAUAUAUUGUUCAAUUAGAAGUCCUCUAUUUAUUUAUACAAUAACCGAAGGCUAAGUGUUGAUUGAAAAUUCAUAAUUCAAGUAUUGUAACCGGUUAAUAUGGGGUGUAAUCGGUUACAAUUAGAGAAAAUUCACUUCUUGAAAUUUGAAAAAGUUGUUUUUGACAUGAGAUGAGAUGUUUUUUUGUUUGUUUGUGUAACCGGUUAAUUAGAUGUGUUAAACGGUUAGAGGCCCGUGUUUUAGCUUUUUCUUGUGUUUUAAGAAUGUGUUUUAGGUCCUAAUUGUUGUGUAACACUUGUAUAAAUGUCUUGGAGGCAUUCUCAUUUCAAACUAGUUGUUGUUUAAUGCAAUUGAACAUUCUCACCCUUAAUUCUCUCUCUCUCUCUCUCUCUCUCUCUCUCUCUCUCUCUCUCUCUCU